AAAACAAUCACGGUUCUGGAGUGUGUGACACUCUCUUGCUAAGGAAAAAGCCGGCUUGUUGAGGUCCCCAGAAUUACAGGCCUUUGCAUUAGAGACAGUUCCCGGUGUGGCGGCCGAGAGCUUUUCCAUCUCUCUCCAGGCAGAGUCCAUGCAGGCCUGGCUUCCAUUCCAGCGAGCCCUCGGCUGUGUUUGGUGCCAUAGUCUGCCUUGAGAGGUCCUGGAUCCACAAGUCCACCUCUGCUGGGAAUCCUCCUGCAUCACACAGAUUUAAGGAAAAGUGUGACUGUGGAGCAAGGCGCCAUGAAGAUUGAACUACUACCUGCCCUUACUGACAACUACAUGUACCUGCUCAUCGAUGAGGAUACCCAGGAAGCCGCCAUUGUGGACCCUGUGCAGCCCCAGAAGGUUGUAGAAACAGUGAAGAAACAUGGCGUGAAGCUAACCACUGUGCUCACCACCCACCACCACUGGGACCAUGCUGGUGGGAAUGAGAAGCUGGUCAAGCUGGAGCCAGGGCUAAAGGUGUAUGGUGGCGAUGACCGAAUUGGGGCCUUGACUGACAAAGUCACACACCUGUCUACACUGCAGGUGGGGUCUCUCAACAUCAAAUGCCUGUCAACACCAUGCCACACUUCAGGACACAUUUGUUACUUUGUGACGAAGCCUGGUGGUUCAGAGCCCCCUGCUGUGUUCACAGGUGACACCCUGUUUGUGGCUGGCUGUGGGAAGUUCUUCGAAGGGACUGCGGAUGAGAUGUACAAGGCACUGCUCCAGGUCUUAGGUCGGCUCCCUCCAGACACGAGAGUCUACUGUGGCCAUGAGUACACCAUCAACAACCUCAAAUUUGCACGCCAUGUGGAGCCCAGUAACAAGGCCAUUCAGGAGAAACUUGCCUGGGCUAAGGAGAAGUAUGCCAAUGGGGAGCCCACGGUGCCAUCCACGCUUGCAGAGGAGUUCACCUACAACCCCUUCAUGCGUGUGAGGGAGAAGACAGUGCAGCAGCAUGCAGGUGAGAUAGACCCUGUGACCACCAUGCGUGUCAUCCGCAGGGAAAAGGACCAGUUCAAGAUCCAGGCAGGACACUCCACCUCUGUGGUUCCUGCUUAUGGUGUGACUGACUCGCUGCUCCAGCAGGCUGGAUUCUGAAACUUCAGAUGCUCAAAGAACAUUCUUCAGAAUACAGCAUAUCUGGGCCAAGGAUUUAGCUGGGCGGCACAAACACCUGCCUGGAAAGCAUGAAAACAAAAGAAUACAUCAUAUGUUAGACCACAAGAAAAGUCACAAAAUUAAAAGGGUUUAAAUUAUACAAA